GAUCGAUCGAUCGACUAGAAUUGACUCGUUGAGGGAAACGGGGAGAGACUAUUAGAGAGAGACGAAAGCAGAAUUGAAGAGUUCUUUUGGUUUUGGUAUUUCUUUGUUUCAAGUCGGAAGAAAAUCAAUCAGAGCAGGGAGGAUGGCGGAACACUUGGCUUCGAUAUUCGGGACUGAGAAGGACAGGGUGAAUUGCCCCUUCUACUUCAAGAUCGGGGCUUGCAGGCACGGCGACCGGUGCUCCAGGCUCCACACCAAGCCAACCAUCAGCCCUACCCUCUGCCUCUCCAACAUGUACCAGCGCCCCGACAUGCUCACCAACCCUGCCCCACAGGCUCAGCCCAACCCCAACCUCGACCCCGCUCACAUCCAAGAGCACUUCGAUGAUUUUUACCAGGACCUGUUUGACGAGCUCUCCAAGUACGGCCACAUCGAGAGCUUGAACAUCUGCGACAAUUUGGCCGAUCACAUGGUGGGCAAUGUGUACGUUCAGUUUAGAGAGGAAGAAGACGCCGCCAACGCACUUCGGAAUUUGACCGGAAGGUUUUACUCAGGGCGCCCCAUUAUUGUGGACUUCUCUCCGGUCACAGAUUUUCGUGAAGCUACAUGUAGACAGUACGAGGAAAAUGUUUGCAAUCGUGGGGGCUACUGCAACUUCAUGCAUCUGAAGAAAAUUAGCAAGGAUCUGAGGAGGAAAUUGUUUGGGAGAAACAGACGACGGCGUAGCCGCAGUCGAAGCAGGAGUCGCAGUCCUGCUAGGUACCGUGGUUAUGAGGAACAUCCUCGUGGCGGUCGUGGUUUUGGUAGAGGUGGCGGUCGUGGUUAUGGUAGAAGAGACGAAGACAGAGAUUUCCGCUACCAUGAUAGGGGGGGCAGGAGGCCUAGAAGCCGCAGUCCUGGACGUAGAGGGGAACGGAGUGGAAGCCCUGGGGGAAGGAGGAAUAGGAGUCCGGUCAGGGAAAGUAGUGCUGAAAGAAGAGCUAAGAUUGAGCAGUGGAAUAGGGAAAGGGAACAGGUGGACUCUGGUCCGAAGAACAAUGAAGGAAGAAUUGACGAUGACAGGAAUGGCUUUGCACAGAACAGUGAUGAGUAUAAUGACCCUGAGCAGCAGCAGCGUGGCCAAUACGAUUAUUAGCCAAAUUGGGCGUUUCUGGCGGAGUACAGGUUCUCUGUCAUGUGUUAUUGAAAGUAGAAUUCUGUUUCUUUUAAAGUUUUUCUCCCCCUUCUAUACAAAAAACCAAAAAGAAUCAAAUAGGUGAUAAAAUAUAGAAUUAUGAUUUUGGUGCUGCAAUGCGUUUGUUAUGCUUUAAAUUUCACUUCCAAUCUUAAUCAGGUAAUUGCAUUCGGUUUCUUCAGUUGAAUGCUACUUUUAUGCAUGUUUUAUGUGAUUACAAAGUGAUUUCCCCUCUAGCUUCCAAAUCUUUUUACCCCUUGAAUUCAUUAGCUUCCCACCAGUGUUUUUUUUUUUUUUUUAAAUGCUAAAGGGAAUACAUAUGUUGCUAAGUAGGUUCUCUUCAAGAUGGCCUCUGUUAAAAAAAAAGGAUAUAGUUCCUGGAGCAAAAUGGAAAGCACUUUUC